UAAAUUGUUUUGUUGCUUAAUGCAAAACCACGUACAAAACUCAAAAAAUAAAUUACUGGUCCUUUUGUUUUUGAACGUUGAUAGAUUUCAAUUGGGAAUUGGGAUUUCAAACUUGUCACUUUUCCCUAAGUGAUCCGAACAUUCCAAACCGUUCGGUAAUUUCAGGUUACUCCAUCCAAUCUGUGAUCACGUGACAAAAAAUCCGUCGACAUCUGGAUGUGAUUACCGAACUUGGUUUAUAUAGUAGGGAGUUUUCGUUGCUUUAAAAAAAUUCAACGGUACGGUUAACGGAUACGUAACCAUAACCGCUAUUUUGACAGAUAAAAAAACAGUUUUCGGACUUUCGGUUCAUCGGUUCGGAGCCGACAUACGAUACGAUAACCGAAAACUGACAGCUAAGCACAGCCCGUAGCGUAGUAUUUUGAUUUUUGGUUUUUGUAUUGUUGUUUGAUUUGAAAGUGCUUUAUAUGACUUUAUUGGGUAUCGCUAUAUAGGAUGGACAAUUUAAUUUUAUUGGACUCUAGUGAUGAAUCGGAUUUGGAGGAUGCUGUGCUGUUGGAAGGGUUUGAAAACAACAUCGAAUAUCGAGCAGAACUUUAUGGGGAGUUCAACCUAAAAAUAUUAUCUGACCAAGAGUGCAAAGCUAACUUCUGCUUUGAAAAAAAAGACAUUCCUCGAUUAGUUGAAGCACUAAGAAUUCCCAACGAGUUUAACACAGAUAAAAUAAAUAAUCAAAACAUAAACAAAAUAGAAUGAUGUUAGGUUAGAUCUGUAUCUUUCAAUGUUGUGUUUCUACUGCGCUAGUGCGCAUGCGUACCGCUAUGUUAACGGCUUUGGCUAACGUCCGUAAAAUAUCGGCAGCUAGCGGUUACGAUAUACGAUAAUCGAAAUUGAAAUGUCAAAGUUGUCAAUUAGCGUUAACCGGAAUUGCAAUUUGUAAGCAACGAAAACUCCCUAGUAGUAUCCUUGCAUUUGACCAAAUACGCAUUUGACCAAAGUAUUGCUGACUAAAAGCCUAAAAGCGGAUGACAGAAAAACGAAACAUGAGAACAUAACCUUAUUUUAAAUUUGUUAUUUCUAACUACCUUUUGAAGUUAAAUAUGGAACUAAAUCUAAGAACUAUUUGCCGAAUAUGUCUAAGAACUAGUACGAAUUUAAUAUCGUUCUUUAAUGACCAUAUAUUUGAAAUGCUAACUUUUUGUGAAUUCUACACUGAAAUGACUAUAGAUGACAAAGAUGAAUUGCCACAAAACAUAUGCGAAACAUGUAGAGACUCGGUUCUACAAAGUUACAAAUUGAAAUUGUUAUGCGUUUCAUCCAAGAUAACUUUAGACUCAAUUGUUAAAAAUUAUGAAAAUUAUAUUAGCAAUAAUGGAAAUAGUAAUUAUAAUCUAAUAAAAUAUUAUACUCCUGCAUCUAAUCAAACUACUGGAAUUGUUUGUAACACCAAAACUAACUUAUCUGAUGGUGAGACAGAUAAUGUUAAAUGUAACAGAGAAUAUAAAGAAUAUACAACAGUACUAUUAGAAGAUAAGGUUGAUAAUGAAGAAAGUCCUGAAGAUAUAAAUAAAUACGCAUGUGAAAAAUGCAAGAUAGAAUUUUCUUUUGAACAAGAUUCUAUAAUCCAUCAGUCUAUUCAUUCACCAAAUUUAACAUGUACUAGCUGUAACAAGUCAUUCAUAACAAUAAAGAAAUUAAAACGACAUAUUAAGACACAUAUGACUUUAAAAACGCACUUGUGCGACCUAUGUGAUAAGGGUUUCAGUGAAUUAGACGCUUUGAAAAAACACAUCAAACUAACACACAUGGGAAUAUCAAGGGAUAAAAAGUAUACUUGUAGUGUAUGUGGAAAAAAAUUUACAGAUCAGUAUUAUUUAAAUCUUCACAGUAGAAAACAUACUGGAGAAAAACCACUGAUAUGUAAUGUUUGUGAUAAGUCUUUCUAUGACCCAAGAUCACUGAGGGUGCAUAUUUUAGCACACAAAGGAAGUAAAGCUUACUUAUGUAAUCAUUGUGGAAAAUCUUUUGUACAAAGUUCUCAUCUGAAAAAGCAUCUGGUAGUGCACACUAACGACAAAUCUUACGUUUGUGAUAUUUGUUCUAAGAAAUUUACCCAGUCAAGUUCAUUACAAAGACAUAAAAAACUGCAUGGUAAUAUUUAAUGUACUUUAACAUUAUAUUUGAUACAGGGUGAUUUUCGGCUCUCACCAUUGGGAUCUCAGAAGCGGAUAGAGAUACAGGGUGGCUUAAACUGGGGCAACGCUGCCUGUUAGUGAGCCCAGUGAUAAUCUGUUUAGUGAUUGAACUUAUUUUUGUCGUACGUCGUAUUUAUACGGCGGAAAAGUUUAAUUUCCAGUUUUUGUUUUUUUACGAGUUUAUUUUGAUAGGAAAAAUCUGCAAGUACAUUCUCAAAGAAACUUUUUUAGCUUUAUCCUUUAGUAACGUCAAUAGCCACUUGCGACGUUUCGUUUCUCUGAGACCAUCAACUUUUUUUCAUCGUUUUUUUAAAAUAAAUACCUGGAUUUUUUUAUUUCAUUUUUUAGAAGCUUAUAACCUCCCAAAUGCAAUUUACACACACAUAAUGUAAGUGACCCAUAUACCCAUCUCUCUCCAACACAUUUCCUCUUAGAAUAUUUUUCAUUAUACAUUUCGUGAACAAGUGCACUAUUUAUUUAUUUCAGUCUUUAGGAUACAAACGGAACAAAAGUCCAAAACUAGUAUCCUGAUAUUACAGUUUACAAUAAUUUUCCAUUAACAAUAUUAUAAGUUAUAAAACAAGUAACAUCUACAAUAUAUUUAGAUUUCUUAAUUAAUACAAAGCAUAGAGGUAGUGCGUUUUACAGGUCCCUGUAGUCUAUAUAUACAUAGUAUCACAGGACAGGAGAUCGGUCUACUCUAACAAUCUCAACUUAAGCCUAUUCUUAAAGGUUAGUAGAUUUUGAUUGAAAAAAAUCCAGUUCAGAAUCAGAACAAUACAAGUUAGCAGCCCUAACCAUCCUCACCAAUGGUGCAUUCUGGUAAUAAUUGGUCCUACAAUAUGGAACCCAAAAGAGGUCAUGACCCCUCAGCGCACGGACAGGCACAUUAAUCUUAACUCUCGAUAGGAUAUUUGGAGAGCUAGACAGAUUAUUAAUGAUCUUAAACAAAGUUAAAAUGUCAGACAGAGUACGUCUCUUUUCCAAUUCAAGAAUUUUGAAGCGCCGCCGUAUCUCUGAGUAAUCAUGAUGUGCUACGUGGAAGUGCGAUUUAUAGCCAAGGAAUCUCAAAAAUUUCUUUGUAUUUUUUCCAGUCUCUCAACGUUAUUUCUAUAUACAGGGCUCCAUAUGACAGAUGCGAAUUGUAGUUUACUAAAUACAUAUGAGUAAUACAGAGUCAAAAUCGUUUUGGAGUUAUUGAAAUCAGCACAUUGUCUUUUAAUGUAUCCAAGGGUCCUAUUACAAUCAUUAACCAGUUUGUCAAUAUGGAGUUGAAAAGUCAUUUUAGAGUCAAACAGAAUCACUAGAUCUGGUAACUCUGUUUAAAACAGAACUUCCAAGUUUAUAAUUAUAGUUAAUGAUUGUAGAUGCCCUAGAGAACGACAAUACAGAACAUUGGUCAGGAUUCAAAAAUAGCUGAUUUUCAUUGCAAAACUCGAUCAGCCUCUCAAGACUAGCUUGUAGAAUUUCACAAUCUGACAUGGAAUUAACUCUGAGAAAGAUCUUCAGAUCAUCAGCGUAGCAAAGGAACAGGCAGUUAUCAAAACAUAGCGUUAUACAAUUAAUAUACAUUACAAAGAGAAGGGGGCCGAGGUGAGAACCCUGUGGAACCCCCGAUGACGGGGAGAAUGUACCCGAGCAAAAGCCCAAAAGCGCCACAAACAUAGAUCUAUUGAGCAAAUAAGACUCAAACCAUCUCAGCAGAUCUCCACAGACUCCCAUCUCCUCCAGCACCUGAAUCAUAAUUUCAUGGCUGAUCUUAUCAAAUGCUUUGCUGAAAUCUGUAAAUAUGACAUCGACUUGACAAAACGAGUCAAAUGCUUCAUAUAUGUAUGUUGAGUAUUCCAUGAGAUUUAGUUCUAGAUUCCUUUUUUUAAGAAAACCAUACUGCUCUGGUAUAAUAUCAGCGAUUACAAAAUUGAAAAUAUAUGGGUAGACUAGCUUUUCAAAAAGUUUGGAGAAGGUACAUAAUUUGCUGAUGGGCCUAUAAUUCUUGACGUCGCACUUCUUGCCGUUCUUAUAGAUGGGCGUGAUGGCAGAAACUUUCCAUGUGUCUGGGAAUACUCCAGAAGAGAGAGACUGGUUAAAAAGAAGUGUUAGUGGUAUGCAAAGCGAAGCCGUGCAUUUUUUUGCGAAUAUGGCUGGGAUGUUAUCAGGGCCCGCCCCUUUUUUUUCAUCUAGCCCCUCGAGAACUUUUUGGACCUCAUCUGCGGUUAACAACACACUAGACAAUGACUUAUUACUGGUUUGACAAUACCUUUGAGACCUCUUUAUUGCUUGCGACCUUGGUACAUACACACUUUGAAAAAAAUCGCAAAACAACUCACAGAUCUCGGCUCCAUCCCUCGCUACCCGAUUCCCAAACCUCAUCUCCCCUGGAGUCCCCGUAUUUGACCUCUUUUUUGACACAAAUCGCCCAAUUUUUUUAUUGUUACUAUUAAUGCAUCCUCUACUUUGUGAGCGCAAUAAUCUAAAAGCAUUGUAAAGACUUUCGUCUUUGCUAAUUUUCCAUUUUUUGUGUAUUUUAUUUUUUCUUAGAAUAAGUUUAAUAGUAUUUUGAGAGAAAUAAGGUGGAAAUUUAUUAUUUAUUCUUUUUAGGGGGACAUUGUUUUGUAUGGUUUUGUUUAAAGUUUCAUAAAAUACUUUGACAUUCUCAUUAAUAGUUAUUAAUUAUAAGUGCGCUAUAUCAUUGUAUUUGGGAGGUCCCGUAUGUCUUACCGUUUCUGAGAUCUCAAUGGUAAGAGCCGAUUUUAAAACACCCGGUAUAUAAUGUAUAUUCAUUCAAAAAUGAAAUAAAAUAUAGAGCUUUAAAAA